AGCACCCUGUCCCCGGACAGCGUGUUGUGUGUCCAUAACCGCCGCGGAGCUCCGCCCGCGCCUUUCUGUGGCGUCAUCCACCUGCGCCCGUGUUCCGGCCGGUCUCCAGGGUUCCCCUUCUGGCCUGAGCCCCACAGCAUUCCCCCCCCCGACCACAGCGCCCUGCCGGUCACCGUUUUAUUUUCCGUACAAGCCCAGCGUAGCAGCGUUUGGCGCCUUGGACGCUCCCCAGUCAUCCCUGCGAGACACCACUUGACUGGCGUUCAGGAGAGAACAUGGAGAUGGCAGAGGAAGAUAAUAGUGGGGAAGAAUACCCACAUGAAAUUCAUGAUUAUCUGUCAGCAUUUGAAAAGUCUCUUGGUUCUGUAGGUGACAUGCUGAAGACUAUGAUGUCUGUUUCUAGGAGUGAGCUUCUUGAAAAGUUGGACCCUCUUGAACAAGCAAAAUUGGAUUUGGUUUCUGCAUACACGUUAAAUUCAAUGUUUUGGGUAUACCUGGCCACUCAAGGGAUCAAUCCCAAGGAACAUCCAGUGAAACAAGAGCUGGAGAGAAUAAGAACGUACAUGAACAGAGUCAAAGAAAUAACAGACAAGAAAAUGGCGUCCAAACUGGAUAAAGGAGCUGCAGCAAGAUUUGUAAGAAAUGCAUUAUGGGAACCAACACCUGAAAAUAAUCCUAAAGUGAAAACUUCUGCUAAGGCAAAAAAGAGAAAAAUGAACUAGUUUUUUAUUUUCCCUUUGGUUUUAUUUUUGUUUAUCAGGUAGGGAGAUAACUAGAAAAUUAUUUUUUAAAUUGUGUUUUGUAUAUGUUUUGCAUCACAUAACUGAUGAAGUAAAACAACAAUUUGGUGAAUAUAUCUUUAGCAAAGAUCUAAACUGUAGGGUCACGUUGCACAGCUUCUGCUGAGUUCUCACCUGUAUAUACACAUGUAUAUCUGAAAGUGAAAGUUGGUCCUUGGAGAUUAGCUUGAAAGCUUGGCUCUUUAAUGAGAACGAACUAAUCAUUUUUGCCAACUCUUUGUAAUAAUAUGCUAUUUCAUGAUUUGCUUCUCAUUCUAAUAAUUUUGGGGGUAAUUUUUGACUGGCUGAAACUGUAUUUUCUUAGUUAUUGCUAAAUUUAAUAUCCGAAUAUUCAGCCAGUCACAAGUGAUGGACAUCUAGUCUGUGUGAAUUGUUUAUGUAGGAGCCACUGGUUUUCAAGUACACCUGUGUAUGUAAUGCUAAAUUCGUAGAGCAUACUAUCCUUUGUAUUGCUUAUAUUAAAUAUACAUGAUGCCUCUUUUUCAAUCUCUCAACUUGAAUUAAGUGCUGUUUAUGGGCUUUUAAUGUUUCCAUGGCCUUUAAGUAUGGAUGAGAGCUUAGUGCUGGCACUGCAAGAUGGACAGGUUAGCAGGGAUUCACUUUGGGAAUGGUGGGAAGCGCGGUCACGUUUUGCUAUUCCCUUUGAUGCUGAGUGUGAAAAGUAUUCUCUAGUACGGUAAAAAGUAUUGAAAUACUGGGCAAAUACCCUGUUUUAUAUAUGCCUUGAUUAAUUUGUACUCCUUGUAGGAGCGUAUGCAUUCUUAAUCUGUUGGGAAUUUGUUCAGGAGAACCUGUUAGUUCAUGUUUCCGUACACUGCAAGCUCACAAAUGAAUAGUACAAAUUUUGGGUUUUUUUGGCGGAGAAGGUCUGCUGUUAUAGGAUAGCUGUGUUGGGGGUCGGGGGUAAAUGCCUGUGAUUAGGCGUGCUCUGAUUUGAAGGGUGGAAGUGCUGACAUCGGGGAUGGGAUGAAUAUAAGUGAAGUGUCACUACCUGCUUGCAAAUGGAGAACCCAGUAUCAGACAUACUGGGUUAAAUAUACUGUUUCCCUGCACCUUGUAUAAUUAAGACCUCAAUCUUGCAAUUUACAAUGUACUGGCAUUAGAGGCAUUCCUGCACAGAGUCCUUUGACUUCAGUGGGGGCUUCUUGGGCACACAGGAGUCUGCCCGUACGUUGUAAAUUGCAGGAUUGGGGCCUCGAACUGGGGCAAAGUGAGUGUAAAAUUCUGUCAAAUCGGAAUGGGUAGCAUUUUACAAUUGCUUUUCACCAGUGUAAAUGACAAUGCAAGGUACAGUGCAAUGGUGAAUUGGGCUCACUGAACCAAUCCUAACAAUCUGUGAUUCACCUGUAAUUUACAUUAGGUCUCUCACCUGUUAAUGUGAAUGAGCAAGAUACACUGAAUUUCUCCGUUACACAUAAUUGAAAGCUAUUGGAUGUGAUAUGGAAAGUUAUUGUUCUCAUAGUUAUCCUGAAGAAUUACACCACCAUGUGCUUACAUAUAGUCUAGACUGAUUAGAGUGAGAUGUUGUAACUAAAGCUAUAUCUCCGUUGACCAUUCAGAAAUCUGUUUUUAAAGGGAAAUGUUUUGAUAAACUGUCCAGUUGUCAGAGUAGCAGCCGUGUUAGUCUGUGUUCUCAAAAAGAAAAGGAGGACUUGUGGCACCUUAGAGACUAACAAAUUCAUUUGAGCUUAAGCUUUCGUGAGCUACAAAUCACUUCUUUGGAUGCAUUCCAGUUGUGUUUAUUAAGCACAAAUGUUAUUAGUUUUGUAUGUUUAGAAAAUGGCUCUGUGAAUGUUAUGAUGAAGAAUAAACAAGCCUAAUUAAAUAUGUAAAUAUCUUUUACGCUGAUUUCUGGAAUAAUUGCUACUGUUCUAACAAAGGAUUUUCCUCCUCCCAAUGGUCAUUCGCAGGCAUAACUUUACUGCCACAAGUAGUCUCAUCAAUUGUCCAUGGGGCCACUCACAUGAGUUAUGUGUGUUAAAGGUGCAUGAAUGUUUGUUUGCUGGAUCAGGGCCAAAAUAAGGACGCUCAAUUCCCUGUGAAAACGGGUAUAUUUAUGUAUAACUGAAUAACUCAGUCAUGCCUCAUCUUUGGCUUAGCGUUAUACCAUUUUUAUUCUUAAGAUAUUUUCACAACUAUUUAAGCUAACGUAUAAUAAAAAUCAAUGGUGUAAAUCAGUACUGUUUGUAAUAGGUGUGGGGGGAACUUACUCCCUUUGGAAGUCUGUUUGUCCUUUUCAGGGCCUCCUAGGUCCUGGUCCUGCAAUGUCCUCCAUGUGGAUGGACCACUCUGCAGGGACCCAUUGACUUCAGUGGGGUUCUGUGUGGGUGCAAAGCUCAGCAGGUACAUAAUUUUUUGCAGGAUCAAAUGUUAGUCUAAAAUCUUAAGUUCUAAAGCCAGCCUGAGGUGUUGACCAAUAUAUGCUAUGCUUAAAAAAUAUGCUUAACAUAUUGAUAUUCUGUGUUUAAUGCAUAUUAAUAUAUGUGGUAUCAAUAAUACAUACUGAUAGGAUUUUUAAGUGUGUGUGUGUGUGUAUAUAUAUAUAUAAAUCACUAUCAGUAUGUAUUAUUGAUACCACAUAUAUUAAUAUGCAUUAAGCACACAAUAGCAAAAUAACAUUACAUUGUACUUAUAUUUCUAGCAGUUACGUGGCUAAUUCAGGCCAUGAUUAAUUGAGACCAUUCAGCAGUUAUAUAACUAAUUCAGGGCACUCAAGCCAAAUAUUGUGUGCUCAAUGUAGAUUAAUAUAUGUGGUGUCAAUAAUGCAUACUGAUGUGAUUUUUAUAUGCAUAUAAAAUCACAUUACAAUAUAUAUGUACAUAAAAUCACAUCAGCAAUGUGUAUUAUUGAUACCACAUUAAUAUGCAUUAAGCACACAAUAUCAAAAUAACGUGCAUAUAGAUUUCUAGCUGUUACAUGGCCUGAAUUAGGCUAUGUUUUUUUAUAAUCCUGUUCACUUAUGCUAAGAGUCCCAUACUUCACAAAUCUGAAGUUCAGCUCUGGCAUUAGAAAAGAAACUUGUCCAAAGACAAAAUAGCUUAAUGUUCUACCAGGACACAAGCCGAGGAGGAACCUUCAUGUACAGUACCUCGAAUGUUAGUAUCCAAAACAAAGAUAAGGAAGGAGCAGAACAAGAAAUUAAGGAACUAGGACGAAUUGGUGGAUUAGAUUUUAGCGACGGGUAAAGUUUCAUAAUUUGUAAAAUCGUCCUAUAAAUACUCCUAGCUAAAAUAUGUAACUUUGGGGCACACCUUCUGUGUAAGGUGAAUGUAACAACUGUGCACAAGACAACUUCCUGGAAAUUGGUAUCAUAUUGAACCUUUCCUCCUUUACUAAACUAUUAUUGACUUUUAGCAGUAAUCCUGGCUGACAUUGGUUUUUAGGCUCUUGAAUGUAUUUCAUACGAAACCAAAGUGUGGUCAAACAAUUGACUAUACAGUUUAUCAACAGAGACAUAGGAUAGUCAUGCAGGAGAUCAGAUUUCUGGGCCAGACCAAUAGUCCUAAGUACAGAAACUAGGCCUAUGGUACAGUGCAAAGAGGAUGGUCAUUAAUGCUCUGUUUACUUAAUUCUCAUCUCUAGUCAGCCUGUGUACAGUAAUACUCCUGGGGGAAUUCUGUGCCACUGCACAUGCGCAGAAUUCAUGUCUGGCACAGAAUUGUUUCUUCAGAAAAUACAUUCUGCCCAAGAAGUACUGCAGUUCUACCUUUUGCCCAUCAGAGGCCACUGUGGCACCAGAACAGCCAGCAGCAUGAACACAGCCAGAUGCAUUCUGGUCUGGUGCCACAGCGCCUCUGUGGGCAAAAGGCAAAACUGCAGCACUUCUUGGGCAGAAUGUAUUUUCUGUCGGGGUGGGGGGGAAUUCUGUGCAUGCGUGGUGGUGCAGAACUCCGCCAGGAAUAGAAAUUCAUCACAGCACCAUGCCCAUGGAGCCAGGAUAGGACAGGCAGAGUGGGGCACACGGGACUGCUGGGGAGGGGGUCACAGACAGGUUCAGAAUGGUUAGUGCAGGGGACAGACUCAGAUACAGGCUCAGGAGCUAGUGGGAUAAUACCAUUGAACCAGAGGCUAAAUGGGAGUGGGGGUGCAAGGCCACAUCAGGGCCGGGGGCGGGGAGGGCUGCAGGGACACAUGGGGAUGGGGGGGCAUAUGGACAGAGGCAGAUGUGCCUGACUCAAUGGGAGAGGCUUGGGAUCAGCCAGGGUCUGCAUGGGGGAGGUUCCCCAACUCCCUAACGAUCCCACACCCCCUCCAAAAAGAAACUGUUCUGUACUUCUCCCACCCACACCCAACAACCCUCCAGGUUCACUCCAGGCUCCUUCCCUCUCCCUCAGCUCCUCUGUUAACCCUGACUCCCCCAAGCUUUUUCAUUGCUUCUGAUGGGUGCGGGAAAUGUGUUUCUGUAUUGUAACUUAAAUAAAUUACUCAAAGUUCUGUAUUAAUAUGCCUCGUAACGAACAUAUUUGUCUAUAAAAUUACCAGAAUCUUUUUUUGUCUGUAUUGUUGUUGACAAGUAUUUUGAAAUAAAUUACCAAAAUAAUUGAAA